AUGGCGAUGGUUGCGUCGAACAUGAGCGGCCACAUACAGAAGCAGCUCACCAGGAGCCUCGAGCGGAUCCUGGAGGAGGCGCACCUGAGCGGCGAGCUCAAGCUGAGCGGCCGGAAGCUCAAAGACUUCCCGAAGGUCGGCAAGGCCGGCACGGCCAAGUACAAUCUGCAGGACACCGUGAUCGCCGACCUUUCGAAGAAUCGUUUCAGUGAGUUACCGGAGGAAGUCACGGAAUUUCCAUUCCUCGAAAAGCUGCAUCUUUAUCAUAAUGCCAUAAGAAUAAUCCCGGAAACCGUCGUAAUGCUCCAAUCCCUGAACUACCUCGAUCUUAGUCGAAACCAAUUGACGUCGCUACCUCGAGAGAUAUGCAGGCUACCCCUUCAGACCUUGCUAGUCGCGCACAACAGAUUAGCAUCUCUGCCGGACGAGCUGGGCAGGAUGACAGCAUUGGCAGAACUGGACGCAGGUUGCAACGAAAUCACGAGUCUUCCACCUCGAAUGGGCGACCUUGCGCGGCUCCGGUCUCUAGAUCUGAGGAGCAACUUACUGGUGCACCUGCCUAUAGAACUGACGUACCUGAGGCUCGUGAAGCUGGAUAUUAGCGGCAAUCGAAUAUCCGUGCUUCCAAAUGAGAUGAGGAAGAUGAAGAGCUUAGUGGAUUUCAGACUGUCCGACAAUCCAUUGACCUCGCCGCCUGCUUCGCUAUGCAUUCGCGGGCGAACGCACAUUUUCAAGUACUUGGAGAGGCAGGCAGCGAAACACGAGAGGGCCAGAGGUGGUCGAACGCGGCGGGCACCUCUGGACGCGAGGGGUCACGCGACGUUGGACACGAGGUCGCACCGGCGGCACAACGUCGACAGCGGGUACAGCACCAGCGACGGCGUCGACAAACGUUGGUCCCAGGAGAUCCACAGCGCGGUACACGACGGCGAAGUUCGCGGCUUGUGGCGGCAGGAAUGCUCUCCGCUCUCGAUAACGCUACCGCACGAGGUAGGCGUGAAUGGAUCCUGUAGCGGCACGUCGACACCCAGCACGAUUUCACCCGGGGAGCACACAUCCCUGGAGGAUGAGUUGGGCAAGGCGAUGAUACUGCACGAUCAACUGGAAAAGAGGAGAUUAGAAAGGAGCACCUCGGAAAAUGGGGCAGACAUUAGAAGACCGAUGAUCUCCGGCCUUCAUCACACAUCGAUUACGCCUCCGGGCCAUCUGGAGUCCACACAUUUGACGAGUCAGUCGCAGCAGAUAUCGUCCGUACAGCAAUCGGUACAUCCGCUCCAAACUGCAACAGGUCCCGCUAUGAUGGUGAACGGCGACGAUAAGAGGCCGUUCAAUCACAUACAAACAUACAGGGAGUACAAAGAAGCUUUGAAGCAGCAGAGGGCUAACGAAGGUCUAAGCGUGUACAGACCUCGCGAGCAAGUGACGCCUCCAGGCAACGAGACGCAGAACGAAACCGACAUGGGCAAUAAUAAAGAAACUAUUGCUCUGACUGGCAAGCAAAUCUUCAAUGAGGACAACGCAUUAAAGAGGCCAGUGCAGAAGGUUACCCCGUCGCGAAUAAAUUAUCAAAACACGCCGAUCAUCAACGGUAGCAACGGCGAGUACAACAAUAAGAACGGAAAAUAUCUCGAGCAACCUUAUAAAAAGCCUAGCUCGCCCAUCAAAACUUCGAGUAGUAUCCUAUCCACGAACACAAGUCCAGCACACGCGCCCAGGCUGGUGAAAACCGCGGUUGGUUACGUUGAAGGCAACAAGAGUCCAAGCAGAAACGGCGGCAGUCCGAAAUCCCCGCGAUCGGUCACGUGGAAUAGUAACGUGCCUGAGAAGUAUUCCUUUACUAUGAGGAGAGAGUUCGAACGUGCCAAAGAAGAGGCUGAUCUCAUCGAACAACUACGAAAUCACAUAGAGACGAGAUUAAAGAUGGCAUUGCCGGAGGACCUCGCGCCAGCGUUAACGGACGGCGUUGUUCUCUGUCACCUAGCGAACCACGUUAGACCGCGAUCAGUUGCUAGUAUACACGUUCCUUCUCCUGCUGUACCUAAGCUGACAAUGGCACGAUGUAGGCGUAACGUUGACAACUUCCUCGAGGCGUGUCGGAAGAUCGGCGUUGAUGAGGAGGUGUUAUUGGACGCGGACGCAAUCAUGGACGUGGGUUACAUGGACGCGUACGGGCUGGAGGCUCUGGCGCGUCUCGUCACCGCUCUUCUCCUUGUUCGCGAUGAGGGGGAGAGUGGCACCGAAGAGCCGGCCGCAGAUUCACUCCGUACGAUUCAAGACCGCGUUCUGUCCGCGAUGCUUUUCGCCACAUUCCUAUCCGCCCUGGUUUUGCUCUAUCUCUUCCCGAUUCCCGAUUAGUCAGACCGCAUUGAAAACAGGAAGCCGCCAGUGUGCGAGAAAUGAAGGACCGAUGAAUUAAGAACGGGGAAAGAAAAAGAGUGCCAGGAACCAUUUCGAGACGGCGAUUCUCAGAGUAUCCUUUGGUCUUCUUUUUGACUGCUGCAAACGUCGUUGCGUCAAUUUCGCUUUUGAUAACUGUACCAAUUCUGAGAAUCAUCGUCUCGUUUGAACAACGAUGCACGCGACACUUUCAAUGUUCAAUAUGUUCGAUUAUUUUUAUGAAUCCUAUUUGCACUUAUGUUUGUUGGGGCUCAAGAAAGUGUCGUAAGAGUCGGAUUCUACUUCGAUGUCGAAGAUUCCCGAAUAAUGUUUAGCAAAUCGCUUUAAACAAAAAUGUGCGCUAAUAUUCGAUAGUUUCUUCUCUAAGAAGAGAAACCGCCGGGAUUUAAAGUUAUAUUCAAGAUUGUUUUAAGUAUAAUCUUGAGAUACUGUACGAUCAUUUUGUUGGCUGAAUGAAAUCUUAAGACCGGAAGACGAUCUUGAAUAUAAAAUCGCACUAUGAAUCAGACUGCCCUAAAUGUCUAAAUGUUUAUACAACAUGAACAGUACACUACAGAGCCGUCAUCGAAGUACUCUGUAAUUUUUUAAAGUGUCUUUCGAAGAGCAUGCUGAUUAAAGAAUGGUUCGCCAUCACCGCGUAUCUAGACGCUUUAAGGAAUAUCAGAACAUAUCUUUUGUCGCAUAUGAAAUUGCUGCUAGUCCUCGCCGGGGGCAAAGUACUUAGCUUUCAAGAAUCGAAUCAUCACGAUAGUAGCUUUAAGGUUGUUCGCUUUUUUCGACCUACGCUCGCGCAAGUUUCCUCGUUCGAUCGCGCGAGCGAGGAGGCUUGCGGUCAGCGGAGAAUUUUUGGAGAUAAUUUUUAAGUAUUGAUAGGCAGCUUGAAACGUAGUCGACUAAGUAUUAUGCUUACAUCUAUGCUAAGUAUCGGUAUCUUUUUUUUUUGUAAGAAAGCCUUCAUUCUCCAUCGACAAUUGCAAGCGGGAAUAUCAACGAAAGUUCAGGUGAUAGUGUCCCUUGCAAAACACGAAGUUUUAUCUUAUUCUAUAUGCUUGUUAGUUUUCUCCGCGAGUUUAUCGCGAAUUAACGUAAAAUCAAAGAGCGCAAUCAAAGUGAAAGGCGCUCGCAUAUCACGUUUAGUUGUCUGUGAAUGUACCUUACAGAAUGAACCAGUUAUAUGAUCGCCACUUGUAAUCACGCGACUUGGCAAUCGUCGGCUAGACCGAUGAUAUGAUAUUUUGAUAAAAAGAAAAAAAGAAAGGAUAAUGGUCGAAAGCGAGAAUUGAUGUGCAAUACUCGUUUAAGAAUUGCAAUAAGUCGUAUCCCGCGCGUUUGACUUUCCGAAUUCUCGGGAAGUAUUCAUUGCCUUCUAUACGAUGUGAGCCUCAGAAUUAGCCUCCCAAUUAGCUGGUAUUGCGACAUCAUUCUCUGCGCCUGGGUCUGCGAUUGUCCCUCAGGAAGAGAGAAGAAAGAGCGAACGGAAGGAUAAAUAUGGUGCCCUCGAUGGCAAUAUUUUUUUAAGAUUCGACCAAUGAACUGCCUAACGGGGCUCUUUCAGGAUCGGUGGGUCUGUGAUAGGUAGCCUGCGAGUGUUACAGGAUUCACGAAAAGGUGCUAAGGGAAUCUCUUUCAGUUUGAGAAUUUUCUAUUUUGGUAAUGUAAGGUCUAACAAAGGAGGAUUUAAAGAUGAUACGUGGGCCUAUUCUGUAACUCUUUACGAAGAUUCGUUAUCGUUGCAUUGUCGCGACGCAGCUUUUUUUACCGAAUAUAUUAUCCGCGCAACGCAAAUAUAACGAUAACGAAACUGUCGUUAAGAGUUACAGAGUAGGCCUACUUGUGACGUUUAUAUUCAUCAGUUAUAAGUUAGAAGCGAUUAUCGCUUCUUUUAUUCGUAAUUUCGUAAGUAGAUCGAUAGUCUUCUUUAUCCGGCACAAGUAAUGUUUUUGUUUCGAGAGGGAAAAAACAAAAUACACCACUCUUCGAUACUUUAUCGACCAAGCAGUUUGGUCGUAGUCUAAAAAAGAUACUUUACUAAAAAAAAAAGGUACUUUAAAUUGACGUUACUUCGAUCUCGGCAUCAAGUUUGCUCGGGUUCCAAUGCUUUUGGAAGACAAGAAAUAUGAAUUUUGGAAUUUGGAAGAUAAGAAUAUUAAAAGUGUAUUUUACACUAAGAUUUCAUCAUCACGGUUAAACGUAAAGAGUCUGUAAGUCUAUAUUAAUUAAUAGAGUAAUUAUUCGGCUUGAUUCUAAUUAUAUCGAAACUUAAACUGACAAAAAUUAUAUCGACACUUUAACGUCUUACAAAAAUGAUGUCGACCUAAAUUCUGAGAUAGUUAUUUCCUCAAUAGAAACAGUUAUAAAAAUAGUAUGAAGAAGCAACCAAUCGAGAUCAAAGUGACCGCGAUAUACGAUAUAUAUGACGGUACAGACACGGUGCCUGCUACCUGCCAAUUUAUUUUCAUAAAAACUCGAUAGAAACGUAGAGGGCAUAUAUCGUCUAUAAUAUUUAAGUGUAUAACUUAUAUUGUAAUAUUAAGAGAACGCUCUUCAGAUUUGUAAGACGGGAUCUUUGUCGGAAAAAGAUCAGAUACAAUAUUUCAUAUCCAAGUGAUUGAUAGACAGGACUUCUCAGGACAAUGAUUUCGAUACCAAUCGCUGCAGUACUUAAGAACAGUGCCAAAUUUUUCAGCACGUUCCAUCAAACGCGACAUUUACUAUCUUUACGCAAGCGUUACUUCUGUAGUAACUUAAGAUAAUUUCUCCGCGUAAACGAGUAAAUUAUCGUAAGUUACUAAAGAAGUAACACUCGCGUAAUUGCUUCGUUUUUCCGACAAGAUCCAAGGACGCUGGAAAGAUCCUAACGCGAAAUGAUACGAAUUGUUACGAAUUAUCGGAACGUUCGUACGAGCGUUCCGGUAUAAACUUUCGAUAAUUGGAACUUUCGGAGGGAAAGGCUGGAAAGGUUUCUUCGUAAAAAAAAAGAGAGACGUAGGAUUCUUUUCAUAACGUAUUUCGUAAGUGGGCCUUAUAACAGGCGACUACUUCGAGAGAGAGACUAUCAUACAAGCAUAAUACGAUAUUUAUACGUGUAUUUUGUCGCGACUCGACGCGCGCAUUAUUCUACACAUGUAGCAUAGCCAAGUAACAUGCCAGUAUCUUUUUUUUAAAGAGAUUGCAAGAGCGAGCCGCGUAUCUUCCAUAUGAUUUCUCGCGACUGCUCGGAUUCAGUCUACGAUCUUGCCGGGAGACGCACGGUUUCGGGACACGCGUACGCAUAAGCGACAUUGCAUUUUCGCGUUUGCGCGGUGUCGAGUGUAUGGGUUUUGCACUUUCUAGUCUACAAUAGUAUCGUUAGCUGUAAAUCGCGCUAUUCUCGUUCUAGUCAGGUUAUUUUCUCCCCUCGCAUUUCUUUUCUCUUUUCCGCAAUUAUAGCAAUUUGCGCUGUGGCUUCUGCGUAUUUCAUUUGCAACUUACGGACGAUGAUUUCGCAGCUGUAACUCAUUACUUAACGCAAUGUCUGUUUAGUCAAUUUAGAGCGGCAAUAUUGCCCUUCUAGACAGAACUGGAACGCCCGGUGCUCAUUUUCUACAAUCUCCUUAAUUUAUUUGUACAGAAUAUUGUCGUAUCUGUAAUUAAUCUUUUGAACGGUUCCUUUUUUGACAUUAUUUGCUUGAACACUACUUUGCUGUAUUUAUUUAUUGGACACCACUAAUUACCGAGAGAGAGAGAGGGGAGAGAGAGAGAGAGAGAGAGAGAGA